CCUGUGGGACCUGAGUUAGUUAAACUAUCAACUUUAGAAGGGAUCUUGGCACGAGAGAUGGCGCCAAUAACCAUAGAGAGAUGGCCUGAUAUUCUAGAAGAGGUUAAAGACAAGCUAUGGGCUUGUGUGAAGCUUAGAUUCAAAAUACAUGAUUGCCAUAGGAAACACAUCAUGCAAAAGUUUGGCAGAUUAUGGCGCUCACACAAAUUUGAACUAUCACGAAAAAUAAGACCUCUUGGUAAAAGUGCUAAGCUAGCACACAAUAUUGUCCUCACCAAACCUGAUAAUGUAGAAAUGGUUGAAUGGAAAGCAUUUGUGAAACAACAAACUUCCAAAGAAUUUAAGGCAAAGAGUAAAAGAUUUAGGGCAAUGAGAAAAAAACAAACCCUCUUUCACACCAUGAGUCGUAAAGGUUAUACACGAUUAGAGGAUGAAAUGAGAAGAGAAAGUCGAGCACCAUCAUCCAUAUCAAGAGUUGAUGUUUGGAUUGAAGGGCAUACGAGGAAGGAAGGAAAAUUCAUGAAUGAAGUGCUUGAUGCAACUGUGGGUACCAAUCCCUCCCAAAGAAGCUCCGAUCUACUCCAAUCUACUCCUCAUGACAACCUUCCAACUUCAGUGAAUGAAGUUGGUUCUGUUACUGAAAGCAUUGAAGCUAUGAAAUUAUCUAAACGUGGUGGUUCUUCAAUUGUAAACCUUCCAACUAGUUUAGAUAUGUUAUGGGUUUACGCAUAUUUUCCAGCCCUUGCUCUAGAGCUUAUAGAGGAGAUCCCUCCAGUUGUCCCUUACUUGCGAUGGUACGACAGCCGAUGUCGGUACUAG